AUGUGUGACAGAAAAUUGAAACAUCAAAGAUUGAGAAAUUUUGCAGCAAGGAACCAGGGACUUAUAAUUCAUCAUUUUUCUACUCUUCUUGUAGCUAAAAGGACUCGUGCUCAUAUACUGGAGCAAGUUCUUCAUAUUCCGUUACCUCACAGUGAAAGUUCAUCUUCGGACGAGGAGGGUGAAUAUAUUUUUGAGAUGGGUGAUCAAACACUAAAGCAACUUGCAGCUCCAACGUUUGAUCCAAAUUUAUUGUGCAUAGUAGACGAUGAGGCAGAAAUUGAGAUCAAGCCUGGGUUGAUUAGAGCUCUUCCCACAUUUUCAGGUUUCCGUAAUACUAACUCCUUGGGUUCAGUUCACAUGAAUGAGGCUAGCAGAUUUUUGAAGGAAUUUCACAUAGCAUGUGCGGGGAUGAAACUAGCAGGGGUCACCCUCGACCAGCUCAAGUUAAAGGAAUUUCAUUUUGCCUUGUCUAAUGCUGCUAAGGAGUGGUUAUUUGAAGUACCUGCUGGAACUAUCACAACAUGGGAUCAAAUGCUAAAAGUAUUUGCAGAAAGAUAUUUUCCAGCAUCUUUGAUAACCAAUAUCAGGAAAGAAAUAUGUGGAAUUCGACAAGACGAUGCAGAGACACUUCAUGAGUACUGGGAGCGUUUCAAGAAACUAUGUGAUAGUUGUCCAAACCAUCAGAUCAGUGAGCAAUUAUUAAUACAAUACUUUUACGAAGGACUUAGGGAGACAGACAGGAAUCUAGUUGAUGCAGCAAGUGGUGGAGCACUGGUUGACAAAACACCCGCAGAGGCAAAGAAACUGAUUGCAAACGUGGCUGCAAACUCUCAGUAUCGAGGAGGUCGAAAUAUCAAGUCCACUUCUGUACGUAAAGUUAAUGAAGUGGUGAGUUCUAACCUUGAGCAACAAGUAGCUAAACUCACUUCCUUAGUGGAGCGAGUAAUGAUCGAAAAAGGGCAAGAAAAAGUAUGUGGCCUUUGUUCAAUGGUAGGACACCCAACUGAUAUGUGUCCUACUCUAGAUCAUCCAAACCUGAGAUAUGGUAAUGCUCAGCAGCAGGCAGGCAACUCUAACCUCAGACCACCAGCUUUCCGGCAACAACAAGCUUCUAAUCCUCCACUUGGGUUUCAUCAGCAACCACAAUAUCAGCCGCGACCUCAAAAUCAGCAAGUUUCCCAGCCACAAUCUGGUAGCAUGUCUCUGGAAGAUAUUGUGAAGGCAAUAGCUGACAACACUUUGCAUUUCCAACAAGAGACAAGAAGUGGUCUAAAGAACUUGGAGAACCAAGUUUCUCAGCUAGCUAACAUAGUGGGAAAGCUCCAAGCUCAGAACUCUAAUAAGCUUCCGAGUCAGCCAGAGAGAAAUCCAAAGGAGAACGCGAGUGCAAUCUCCCUGAGAAGUGGCAAGCAAUUAGAGGUUCCAACGAAAAAGACUGAAGGGCUGGCAGCACACCAAGAGGAACAAGAGACUAUUGCUCCAGAGCAAGAUAAGCAGCCCACUAAGGUAAGAGAUGUUGUUUCUCCUAAUACUGAUCAGUUUACUUCUUCUGUUCCAUUUCCUAGCAGGUUAUCAUCUAAGAAUAAGAAGAGAGAGCAAGAAAAGGAGAAAGAGACCUUGGACAUUUUUUGCAAGGUUGAGGUAAACAUACCUUUACUGGAAGCUAUAGGACAAGUGCCGCGGUAUGCAAAGUUUUUGAAGGAGUUGUGCACUAACAAGAGGAUAUUGAGUGGAGAUGAAAAAGUCAGUGUAAGUGAGAAUGUGUCUGCUGUUUUACAGAGGAAAGUUACUCCAAAGUGCAAGGAUCCAGGUAUUUUUACUAUACCAUGUAAAAUAGGUAACACGAGAUACGAUAAAUGCAUGCUAGAUUUAGGAGCUUCUAUUAAUGUCAUGCCUUUAUAUAUCUAUAAAGCUCUAAACUUAGGACCUUUGAAAGACACUCGAGUGAUUAUUCAGCUUGCUGACCGUUCUAAUACAUACCCUGUAGAAGUAGUUGAGGAUGUUUUAGUGCAAGUGAAUGAACUAGUGUUUCCUGCUGACUUUUAUGUUUUAGAUAUGCCAAAUGAUGAAUCCCCUAGUGCAGCACCUAUCUUGUUAGGAAGACCUUUUCUGAAAACAUCCAGAACUAAAAUUGAUGUUCACAGUGGGGUGUUGACCAUGGAAUUCGAUGGGGAGGUUAUCUGGUUUAAUUUAUUUGAUGCCAUGAGAUAUCCCUCUGAUUGUGAAUCUGUUUCUAGUAUAGAUGUCAUUGAUGCACUAACUGAGCAAGUAUUUUUUCUCUCUGGUCAUGAUGGGUUAGAUGUUAUUUUGACUGCGCCGAUGGAAAAAGAAAAGUAUACUGACUUGCAGGAACAUUUUGAGCUUAAGGGGGAAGUUAAGGAAGCUUUUUCCUCUCUGGAAAUACUUCCCGAUAAGCAAUUAAGGUAUGACAAAUGGUUUAUGCAGUUACCUGUCACUUCUAACAGAUUUUUACCUUCUAUUGUGCAGGCCCCUGAAGUAGAACUAAAGCCACUGCCAGACCAUCUCAAGUAUGCAUUUUUGGGAGAAAAUGACACUCUCCCAGUCAUAAUCGCGAGUAAUCUAACUCCAAAUCAAGAGCAAAAGCUGGUGGAAGUUCUAAAGGAGCAUAAAACAACUCUAGGGUGGACGGUUGUUGAUAUAAAAGGGAUUAGUCCCUCUAUGUGUCAGCAUAGAAUCUUAUAA